AUGUCCAGCUCCGAGAUACUCGAACGGAAAAAAAAGAUAGUCGAAGCCGGGAUUAGAGGACUCGAAAAAAGAGAAACAGAUCAUGAUCUAGAUCAAACCCGCGUUCAUUUUAAAAUUAUUAAAUUUCUUCUGGCCUACGAGUUUGCUGGGGGGCUUUUUCUGACCCCCUCGCCUGAACCCAAGUGGAAUAACAAAGAACGACGCAAGUUGGCAAAUUGGUCUCUUGGAACGUCGUCGGCGGCUGUUGAAAACGAACCGAAUGACAAAAAACACCAAGAGGAAGUUUACGGUGGGUUAAAAAAAAAUCAAUUUUGCAUUUUCUUAAAGGUGGGGGGACAUGAAAAAAAUAAUGUUCUCGAAAUUCCGUUCAAAGAUGCCUCUCGAGGAGUUGAACUUGUGAAGGCGAUGAUUGAGGGUGCGGAGCCGCUACCGACUGAGCCACGCGGGCAAAGAGAAAGCGGACGCCCGAUUGCAUACAUAAAGAUGAGGACGACAGCUGUACGCAGAGUGACAUUAAGCGUUGUACACUGUGACGGUAGAAUGCAUACUCUAGCUACAAAAAAACUACGAAAAAUCUCCUGUCCCCCCACCUUUAAGUUCCUAACUGAAUUACAUAAACUGAAUACUCUGUUGAAAUGCCCCUCUCCCCCCGGAUUAAGCUAG